GAGGUAAUACUUUGAUUUUUUUCUGCUUGAAUUCAAGUACACCCCCUCAUCCUCAGGACAAGAGGAUGGACGCUUUAACAUACACCGCUCCGCCACAGAUCCGCCGUUCAGUGUGUUUACAGGAGGAUGAAUGAAGAGGCUGGUGGUGCAGCAGCGUGCGGACGCGCAGCGUGUUACCGGUUGUGCUCGUGUCGUUAGUAUUAUCAUUAUUAACAGUGUGUUACUGGUUUGACUGGCAGACGACACACUGGAAAAGCACCGAGGCGAGACAAAAACCCGACUUUCCAGCAUCCGUAAGCCUUCAGAGAUCAUCUGUAUUUGAACACGGUCUCCCUGGUCUACUUUAUAAUCAGAAGAUGCUGCUUAAACAAACCUAAACAUAGCUGAGUUAACACAGGGUGGGACCACAUAAUCUGCUCUCUGAAGGAUAGAAGUUGAUGAAUACUAACUGUAUGAGGGCCCUCAGCUUCUCCCACAGCUGUGUGCUGUGCUUGUGAAUCUUUUUGAGCUGGGAAGUGAAGAGCCAUGGGCUGUGGGGGCAGCAGAACUGACGCUUUGGAGCCUCGCUACCUGGAGAGCUGGACAAAAGAGACUGAGUCGACAUGGCUGACGAGCACAGACACAGAUAUCCCCUUGUCAUCCAUCCAGAGCAUCCCCUCUGAGAACUCAGAGGCUGGCUUCACUUCUGAGAAAACAAUCAGCCCUGUUCCAGAUUUCUUUGAAGACGGCCUCCCACCACCGGCUCAGGCCUACCUAAAGGUCUGCUCGGCCAUGUCUGAAGCCAGCCUGAACGAUGUGAAGCCCAGCAGCACACCAACAGCACUGGGCUCUCCGCAGCAGGACACGACGAUUCCUUCUUCUGGAACCACAGUGCAGCGCAGAAGUGUUCUGCACACUGAAGAGAUCACAAAAUGGCAGGACAAUCGGAUGUCGACCAAGCAGGUGACCAUUACAGUCACACAGAGCAUCCACCAGGUGGACAAGAACGGGAAGGUGAAGAAGUCCCUCACGACAUAUGAGGUCAUGAAACCAGUGGAAGCUAUCAAACAGGUGGCAACACAAAACACCUGAGUGGAGGGGACAUUGGAAAAAGCCAAAAAAU